UGGAAUUAGGUGGCUUAUUUUGUUGGAUGACCUCUCAAUUGAGCGUCUAAAGUUCCAAUUAAGUGCUGACCCUUUCAUUUUUCAAUAUAUUAGACUCAGAAAUAAUUUCACGACCUACAUAACAUCAAAAUAAGUGUCUGUGCUACAAUUUUAAGUUUAGCAUUUAAUGUGGUUUUGCCCAAGUUAAAAUGGCCGGCCUAUUACACAUUGUUAAGGUUUUACCAAAAAACGCCUUAAAAAAUAAAAAAUUUAAAAUCAAGUUUUUAUCUGAGAGUUCUGAAAAAUUGCGGUUUGUAAAGAAAAUAAACUCAAGAGGGUUGUCAACAGCUACAAAAGAUAUGUCUCAUCAAAUGUUAGUUCAGAGUAAUUUAUUCAGCAAAAGGUAUUUUGAUCAAUGCCGUUUCUUUCAAACUACUUCUUCUUUAUGUGAAGAACAUAUAUUAAAAACACCAGCUUUUGCUGAUUCUGUUUCUGAGGGUGACAUAAGGUGGGAAAAAAAUGUCGGUGAUACAGUUCAUGUUGAUGAAGUUGUUUGUGAAGUUGAAACUGAUAAAACUUCAGUCCCUGUUCCUUCACCUGUAAAUGGAAUUAUUGCUUCAAGAUUAGUUGAAGAUGGAGAAACUGUUAAGGCUCAUCAGGAUUUGUGUACCAUCACAAUUACGGAAGGUGUACCAGCACCAAAAACUCCUAAAACAGAUGAGCAACCAUCUAAACCAGUGGAAACUAGUUCAGUUGCUCCUCCAAUCCAACCGGUUGUACCACCUCCUCCACAGCCAACAGCUCCAAUACCUUCACCAGUGCCACCUAAAUCAGUACCCCUUCCUCCUCCUACUUCACCAGCCACCUUAAGGCACAACCCUACUGUCAAACUACCACCAGCUGAUCCCACAAAAGAAAUAUCUGGUACAAGAUCUGAACAUCGUGUAAAAAUGAAUCGUAUGCGGCAACGUAUUGCGCAACGUUUAAAGGAUGCACAAAACACCAAUGCCAUGUUGACUACAUUUAAUGAGGUUGAUAUGAGUGCAAUUAUGGAAUUUCGUAAAACUAAUUUAGAAGCAUUUCAAAAGAAACAUGGUUUAAAACUAGGUUUUAUGUCUGCUUUCUUAAAAGCAUCAGCUUAUGCUUUACAAGAUCAACCUGUAGUCAAUGCUGUAAUUGAAGGAAAUGAGAUUAUUUAUAGAGAUUAUGUAGAUAUUUCUGUGGCUGUUGCUACUCCCAAAGGUUUAUUAGUACCUGUAGUGCGUGAUGUACAAAAUUUGACUUAUGCAGAUAUAGAAAAAACAAUAGCUGCUCUAGGAGAAAAAGCAAGAAAAGGAGCUAUAGAUGUAGAAGAUAUGGAUGGUGGUACAUUCACUGUUAGUAAUGGUGGGGUAUUUGGUUCUCUUAUGGGAACUCCUAUAAUUAACCCACCUCAAUCUGCAAUCCUAGGAAUGCAUGGGAUUUUUGAAAGACCAAUAGCUCUAAAAGGACAAGUUGUUAUUAGACCCAUGAUGUACAUUGCUCUAACUUAUGAUCAUAGACUUGUUGAUGGUCGCGAAGCAGUAUUGUUUUUACGUAAAAUAAAAGCUGCCGUUGAGGAUCCAAGAAUUAUUGUUGCUGGAUUAUAAUAAUUAAAAAACAAAGAUACCUAAUGUACUUAGUUAAAUAAGCACUAUUUACAAUUAUUUGUAAAUAAUUUGAUAUUUAAAAGUUUUCCUCCUAUGGUACUUAACAAAAUUAAAUUACGCUUAAGUAGAAUA